GACUCGUCGGGAGCGGAAAUAGUGCUCAUUUCCUGGAACAGUUUCUUUCUCACUUUGUGGUCCAAACCAGAGCCCGAAUCCGCCCGGAUCAGCGCUCCUUCUGCCCGCUGUCACUUGUCCUGCUGUGGGCCGAACCUCCAGCCGCUGUCCGCUGUUCUUUCCCCGGUGUUUAACCUCCAGCCGCCGUCCGCUGUUCUUUCCCCGGUGUUUACUCGUUUCUUCGCCGGGUCUUUCCGUCUUCUCUGCACUGUUUCUGACCGGUUCUCGUGGAGUAGAUGGGGGCACAACGUGCAGACGGAGCCCGGGACUGGAGCCAGCAGGACGCACCCGAACCGGAGCAGAACCCGACUCAGCCCUGGAACCUGAUGAUCAAACACAGACCCAUUCAAAAGAGAGGCCGCCGUUCGCACCUGUCUGUCAGUUAUACAGACCCUCAGAUCUCGAUGGAGCUGCUCAGAGCCGUUCUUCAGCCGAGUCUAAACCAAGAGAUUCUGCAGGUGUUCAGCAAAUACCACCAGCUUGUAGAGCGAGCAGCGGAGAACGUGAAAGAAAACGUUGGUGACGAGGUUCAGACGGAUCAGCUGAUCAGAGAGACGUGUCGCAGUGCACUGGAACACGCCAAACUGUUGUUUCCAGAGACUGAAGUAAAGAGGCCUCUUCCAGAACUCUCCCAUAAACGACUCAGAGAUGAUGAGAGCCACAGAGCCAGUCCUGUGCCCAAGAAGAGGAAGCCUCGCUCUGGUCCAGUUCACGAUCGGCCGCUCUCCUUCAGCCAAGUGAAGCUGAAGGCAGAGCCAGUGAAGAGGGAGGGGCCAAAGUGGAACCCAAACAGACUCAACGACAGCAGCACCUUCGUCCUGGGCUCCAGAGCCAACAAAGCUUUGGGUAUGGGAGGCACCAGAGGACGAAUCUACAUCAAACAUGCAGAUCUGUUCAAGUACGCCGCAGAUGCGAAGGACAAGCAGUGGUUGGCUGAGAGGCAUCACAUGAGAGCCACUGGAGGGAAGAUGGCAUAUCUUCUGAUCGAGGAGGACAUCCAGGACCUGGCCCAGAGCGACGAGUACAAGGACUGCCCUGAGGUGCGCAUGGACGAGAUGAAGCCGUUCAGUGUUCCCUUGUGGAUGGUGGAGAAGAUGCAGCGAGCAAUGGAGGCACAGAGAGAUGCUGUGUCUGACCCCUGACCUCAGCGUGACCCCUGACCAUGACCUCUGCCUGACUCUGGUUUUAUUAAAGCUUUUUAAAAUGUU